AUGUCGGACGGUAUGGCGACCGGUGAGAGGCGACCAAAUCUCAGGUUGCUCAGGACGUCAUUGAUUCUGGACCAAGGCAACACACGCACGACUCGCCAUGGAGACUGUCUCAGACUGUGUACUUACAACGCGAGAACAAUUUCCACAGACGCUGACCUGCAUGCCCUUCUCGGAGCUGCAGAGCGUGUCAAAUUUCAUGUGAUUGCUCUGCAGGAGACCAAGUGCAGAAGGAGCGACGUACGACAGAUGAAUGACGGUACACUCUUCAUUUGUGGAGAGAAGGUUUCGUCGCGAAAUGUAGGCGGUGUUGGUUUUGUUGUGCACCCAUCCGUCGCCCAUCUUGUCGAUUCUCACGAGAUCCUGUCACCUCGUCUGGCCAUUCUUCGCCUCCGCCUUCUGCGCCAAAAACCCACCAGUAUCAUCAACUGCUACUCACCAACAUCAGUAGCUGAUGAAUCCGAAUUGGACGCGUUUUACGAGGAGCUGAAGGAAGUGAUCCGCAACGAGAAGUCCUACAAAUUCGUUGAGACUUCAACGCAAAACUAG